AUGAUGUUAGUCACUCACGUCGAGCAGAAAAGCCCAGAUUUAGAAGCCACUUUCGGGGUUCCUGUUACCGUUAUUGACUAUAAAAGCCCCAGCUCCAUCAAAUCAGCCCUAGAAGCCCACAACGUCGAAACGGUCAUCUGCACUAUAAAUUCCCAAGUUGACUUGGAACCGGAACUCAAUUUGAUUCUCGCCGCGGACAGCUCGCAAACCACGAGACGCUUUAUACCGAGUAUCUUUGCUGGCUUCCCAUAUCCUGUGAGAUAUCCAGAUAGCACCCCGGUUGCCAAAGCUAAGUCCGAAGUUCUCAAAGCUGUGAAAAAGACGUCACUGGAAUAUACUGCGUUUUACAACGGUAUUUUCCUCGAUUACUAUGGUGCACCGGGCUUGAAAUCUAAUGUAUCGCCUUGGCCACUGUUCGUUGAUAUCCUGAACGAGAGAGCGGCAAUUCCGGGUUCAGGGGACAUUCCCGUCGUUUUCACCCACAGUUCUGAUAUCGCCAAGUUCGUUGUUGCAAGCUUGGAUCUGACGAAAUGGCGGGAAGAGAGUUUUAUUCUCGGAGAGAAACUGACAUGGCAUGAGUUUAUCGGACUGGCGAAGGCUGCUAAAGGAUCCAAAUUCAAUGUCGUGCAUGACUCCGAGGCAGACUUGAACGCGGGAAAUAUCACAAUCCUGCCUAGUUACCCGAAAAUGUUUCAAUUGCCCGAGGCUGAAAUCCAGACUAUACUCGCGCCGGCUGGUAUAUGGUUUGUGAAUAGGGAGCUGGAUUUAAACCCGACAUAUACACUGAACUCUGAAUUUCCGGAUAUCACGCUGGUCAGUGUGAAGGAAUUCUUGAACUUGUCCUGGGCUCGCAGUGCUGCUGCCACGUCUCCGGGUAUCAAGAUUUAA